AUGCAAGAAUUGCUGAAAUUCAAGCCCAACUUGAUGAAGAAAGACAAAAGGCUGACAGUGCAGAUGCUGCAAGAAAAGCUGCUGAGAGCAACGAAUGACUUGACCGUCCAAGUUGAUCAACUCACAGAUGAGGAGAAGAAUAAAAAUGAUUUGGAGGAAAUGGACAAGAUGAUUAACGACUUGAAUGCCGAAGUUGACAAGGCACAGAAACAACUUGACACUGCAAAUGAUGACAAAGAUGGCAAUGAAGAGAUGAAACAGAAAUACCAAGACGAACUGAAGAGUGUUAGAACUGAACUUGAUCAAAAAAAGAAAGACCACACUAAGACCCAAUUGAUUAAAAAAAAGAAGACUAUGAGAGAUUAUAAAACUGCCUCCGAAGAAUUGAUGAGAACAAAGACAGAACUCGAUGAGAAACAAGACGAAUGCGACAAACUUGAAGAUGAUAUGUCUGAGAUGAAGUUAAAAUUGGAAGCCUUUGAACAAGCUGCGAAGACUUAUAAACAGUCGAAGAACACUUACGAGAAGAAAUUGACUGAGUUGAAUGAACAACUUGAUCUUUAA